UUAUUCAACGGCAAAGCUUUGCGGUUGUGUUUUUAUUGGUGGCGGUUCCCGCGUCGCUUCUGUCAUUUUGCCCAUAAUCGCGUGUUAUUUUAUUGUUUGUGUGUGCGUAUAUUUUACAAGAAGCAUUGACAGUGAAUAAGGUCAAUACGCUUUAAAAACAAAUUAAUUGCCUUUUGUGAAAAAUCAAUUGCAGUGAUUUGCUGGUGCUGUUGCUGUUGCUGGUUGAAUAACAAAAACACGCAAAAAUGCAGCUUGGAACUUUUGAUGCAUGGGAUGCUUUGGUGCUGGCGAGCAUUCUGAUAAUCUCGGCUCUGAUUGGCAUCUACUAUCGCUAUACGGGCGGCAAACAGAAGACAACACAGGAGUACCUAAUGGCCGAUCAGAGCAUGUCAGCGUUUCCCGUCUCAUUCAGCCUGAUGGCCAGCUUCAUGUCUGCGAUCACGCUGCUGGGUGUCUCCAGUGAAUCGUAUCAGUUUGGCACACUCUUUGGUGUGAUUAACAUCUCCUAUCUGUUGAGCACCCCGAUCGCCGCUUACAUCUUUUUGCCUGUCUUCUACCGGAUGCGCACCACAAGCGUCUAUGAGUAUCUGGAGCGUCGCUUUGGUCAUGCAACGCGUCUGACGGCAUCCAUUGCGUUCACUUUGCAAAUGGUUCUCUACAUGGGCAUUGCAUUGUAUGGGCCAGCUUUGGCUCUGGAGGCAGUCACGGGGAUACCGCGUGGCACUGCUAUACUUGUGCUGGGACUGGUGUGCACCUUCUACUCGACACUGGGUGGCCUCAAGGCGGUGCUUAUCACCGAUGUCUUUCAGUCCUUUCUCAUGUUUGCGGCCAUCUUCUUGGUGAUUGGUGCUUCAGCGAUUAAGGCCGGUGGACUGACCACCAUUUGGGAAGUGGCCCAGGAGCGGGGACGUGUUCAGUUCUUUGAGUUCUCAACGGAUCCAACAGUUCGUCACAGUUGGUGGACAUUGAUUAUUGGUGGCAUGGUCACCUAUCUAUCAUUAUACGGCGUCAAUCAGACCCAAGUGCAGCGUCUCCUCAGCGUGCACAACUUGAAGAGCGCCCAGGCGGCUCUCUGGUGGAAUAUGCCCAUUCUUGGCCUGCUCAGCAUGAGCACCAUCUUCAGUGGACUGGCAAUCUUCUAUUACUAUCGUGACUGUGAUCCGUUGCUCAAUGGACGCAUCAAAUCCCGAGAUCAGCUUAUGCCGCUCUUUGCCGUCGACACAAUGGGUCAAAUUCCUGGUUUGUGUGGUCUUUUCGUUUCGGGCAUCUUCUCGGCCAGUUUGUCAACAAUAUCAUCGGCGGUCACAUCGCUCUCCGCUGUCACAUUAGAGGAUUACAUCAAGCCGCUCUACAAGACAAUUUUUAAGAGCACGCUGAUGGACUCGAAGUCAACGUUGCCCACGAAAAUCAUUGCCUGUAUUUAUGGACUGCUCUGCAUUGCGUUGGCCUUUGGCGCCAGCUCGUUGGGCGGCGUGCUGCAGGCCUCGCUGACCAUUUUCGGCGUUGUAGGUGGCCCGCUGCUUGGCAUCUUCACCCUUGGCGUUUGCACGGUGCGCACCAAUCAACGUGGCGUGCUGCUCGGCUUUCUGGUGGCUCUGAGUUUUUCCUUUUGGAUUGGAUUCGGUGGACCGAAGCCGCCACCAAUGCCGCUGCCAUUGAACACCACCGGCUGUGACACAUUCACAAAUGUUACUCAGGUGACGGCAGAUGCGCUUCAGGUUGCCUCAAGCACCACAAAACCAGAGUACUUUUGGCUAUUUCGCUUAUCCUAUCUGUGGUUCUGUGUGCUCGGCUUCCUGAUCACUUUGUUCAUUGGCUACUUUGGCAGUUUGCUGAUGGCGUAUUUCAACUGUGCCAACAACUCCCAAAUCUAUUUGGAUAAAUGCCACAAGCAGCUGGAUUACGAUUUGUUUGCGCCCAUCCUCUCACGUCGCUGGAGGCGGCAGCAGCUGGCACAAAUACCGAUGGAGACAGACGAUCCGACGCUAACGAAGUUAACGCUAUCAGAUGCAGCUAUAUAAUAAGUGAAAUCUAGUAUAAUUUUACAACUUAAAUGACAUAGUAUAUGUAGUGUAUAUAGUGGGGGCAGUGGGGGCAGCCAACAGCCAUGGCCCGUGGCACAGAUUGCACAAUUACCUAUCGGCUUUAAUUGCCAAAAGCAGCUGUUGAUUUAUUUGUAUUUUUUAUUAACAGUUGUCGUACCUAAAACGUGCAUAAUAAUGUGACCUAUAUUUGUAUACCUGCAUGUGAAACUUAUCAACUGCUUGAGGCGCCCAUCAACGUCUUCCAUUUGUAAUAAUUGUUAACUAGGAUCUAUGAUAUAUGUAUGUAUAUACCAACUAAACUAGAGGUCUGCAGGAAUACAUUCAUAUUUAGCACUCAAAUUUACUGCACAGUAUUCUAUUUGAAACGAAAUGGUGAAAUGAAUUCAUGAAAAUGAAAAUGAAGGAAAUUAUUGUAAGCUAAGACAGUAAUUAGUGGAUACUGGCAACGAAACAAAGGCGUCGCAAGUAGUGUUGUAAUAAAUGUUAUUAGUAGAUUGCAAUUAUUGUCACAGUUAGAUUAAUAUACAAAAGAAAAACAGGAAUUUAAUCAUUUAUUUAUGUACUCUUUGUUUGACUUACAAAAUCAAAAAAAAAAACAAAGAAUCUAAAAAUCUUUUACAUAUUUUUGCUUAGUUUGCUUCUCAUUCAUUAUUCAAAAUGUGAACUGUGCAGAAAAUGACAUUCAGCAGACCUCUCACAUAUACCUCGUAACUGAUAUUGGUAAAUUGAAAAAACACAAGAUUCUUUACACAAAUUGUAAUACUAACUCACGGAGUAGACAAUAAUUAUGGAGUCGUCGCAUCAGAGACUGGCAGCCAAAAGUCUCAAAUGCGAGUGAUCAAUAAGAUUUGGUUAGUAAGUUUAUUUUAUAUUUAUUAUAGUCGUACUGCAAAUUGUUAAAAAGGAAAGUAUCUUAUAAGCAAAUAUAGUAGCAAUGUUGUCUUGAAUAUUUAUAAACAUGCCACUGCGCAUAGCUUUCAACAUAUUUAUAUACACCCAAACAUAACAAUGGACUCGGUGUGGAUGCUUAAAUGUUACAACAAAUCAAUGAACAACAUAUAGUUUAAGUGUACAACAAAAUAUAUUUAUUGCAUUGUACUUAUAUACACACAUGUGUAAGGCAUCAAUUGCUGACCAUUAAAAUCUGUUGCAUUUAGAAA